UUGCUGAGUGGGUGUCCCGCCCCUUGCAAUUGGUCCCGCCCAUCCGUGUGACUGUCUUGGGUAUCCUGCUCAGAUUGACAGCUGGGUCACGGACCCAGCGACAUGGACUCACCAAUCUGGUUAAGAGACGAUGAGGAUGAGACUGACUGGCUGGCUGGUGUUGGGGAACCUGAUCACGACAGGGUCAAGGUCACGCACGGGCAACCAGCAGCUCGAUCCUCUAGGAACUUGGAAAGACCAGGGACUACUUUAAACAGGAUUAUUAUGCACCUUGAUAUGGACUGCUUCUAUGCACAGGUGGAAAUGAUCAGAAACCCAGACCUGAGGAAUAAACCUCUAGGUGUUCAACAGAAACAUAUUGUGGUAACCUGCAAUUAUGAAGCCAGAAGUCUAGGGGUAAACAAACUAAUGUAUAUAAAGGAGGCAAAAGAAAAAUGUCCACAGCUUAUACUAGUUAGUGGGGAAGAUCUGACUCACUAUCGAGAAUUUUCUUACAAAGUCACAGAACUUCUUGAGGAGUUCAGCCCGAAAGUGGAGAGGCUUGGGUUUGAUGAAAAUUUCAUUGAUAUCACAGAUUUGGUUGAUAAGAAAUUACAACAGAAUAACCUAAAUUCAGAGAUUACUGUGUCUGGUCAUGUGUAUAACAAUCAAAUUAUUAAUGUUAACGAUUGGAAUCAUGUUCGCAUAGCAGCCGGUUCCCAUAUUGCGGCAGAGAUCCGCACAGCAGUGUACAGCCGAUUGGGCCUCACAGGUUGUGCCGGCGUUGCAUCCAGUAAGCUAUUAUCCAAGUUGGUUUCUGGAACUUUCAAACCCAACCAGCAAACAGUUCUUUUGCCUGAAAGUCACAGCCAUCUUAUUAACAGUCUUAAUCAUCUAAACAAGAUUCCGGGUAUUGGAUACAAAACCACUAAGCGCCUGGAAUCUCUAGGCCUGAGUACAGUACUUGAUCUGCAGAACUGCCCCUUUAAAGUAUUGGAGAAAGAGAUAGGUGCCUCAGUGGCUCAACGUAUCCAGAUGCUGAGUCGAGGAGAGGACGAUUCCCCUGUGACACCAUCUGGACCACCCCAGUCUCUGAGUGAUGAAGACUCAUUUAAAAACAUUUCUACAGUAACUGAAGUUAAAAUGAAAUUGAAAGAACUGCUGAACAACCUAUUGCUCAGGCUAUCCAAGGAUGGAAGAACCCCUCAUACCCUGCGAUUAACUAUACGCCAGUUCUCUGCAACUAAUAAGUGGUUCAAUCGGGAAAGUCGACAGUGUUCUAUUCCAUCUCACAUAAACCAGCAUUUAAGCACAGGAAGUGCUGAAGUUACAGAGCCACUCCUGGAAUUACUUAUGAAACUGUUUGAAAAGAUGAUUAACGUGAAGCUGCCUUUUCACAUCACGCUGCUGAAUGUUUGUUUUUCCAACUUAAAGAGUCCUCAGUGUGUCAGAAAAUCAAUUGGAUUUUAUUUAACCCAGAAUUCACAGUUACCAAGUAAAGCAAGUCAGCGCUUCCAGGAGACUGGAAGAGAUAUGGAGUAUUGUUUACAAGAUAAAAACAACACACCAACCAAUCCAAAAACUGAACCUGGAAUAGCCCCUGAUGGAGAGAAGAUGUGUCACAUUUUUGGCAAGAGAACGGAAACUCUACAGACUGCUCCAUUACCUGAGGAUGUUGAUAUGGAUGUGUUUAGGCAACUUCCAGAGGAAAUAAGGAAAGAGAUCAUGUGCAGUCCAGGAAUAGUGAGAGCGCAUCAAAGCAGCCAAUCACAGCCCUCUAAAGGAAUACUCAAUUUCUUUUCUAAAGCAAAAGUAGGACAAUCAAAUACAGUUCAACAGGAAGGUAGUGGAGAUUUUGUGUCAAAAGAACAAAAUCAAUUUCCCAUUGUAAGCGAUUUAGAUUCUUCAAAUGUAAAUCUGUUGGUCCACACCGAUUCUUUUGAAAGCAUUAACAGAACAAACAAAGAGACUGUGGAUUCAGAAACUUCUGCUCACGCAAUUGCUGACAUCACUCAUACGAACAAUACUUGUGCUCAGAAACUUAACUCAGACGACGUUGGUUCAUCCAUGGAUUUUACUGAAUCAGAUCGCAAAGAAACUGGAGUCUCUUUUCCUAAAAGUGUUGAUGUGAGCGUAUUUUCAGAAUUACCCAUUGAGGUGCAAAAAGAACUGCUGACUGAGUGGAAACAACAAAAACACACGUCAAAAAUUCAGGUAAAAAACAAUGAAAAAGCAAAGACUGCCAAAGGUAAAAGGACACACUCCUCAAUGCAACCCAAUAACUUGCUGAAAUAUUUCAAGCCAAACUAGGCAUUGUGGGGAAAUAUAUAUAUGUAAUGUAUGUGUGUGUACAGUUCUACAGUAAUAACUGUGAUCAGACACACAGCUAUAGUUAAUUAUGUAAUGUUAACCCCUUAAGGACCAGCGAC